CAAAUAGCCGGGUGGUAGUUGGCAUCAGUCGGCGUCUCCAGCAGGUUUGUUUCGGUUCGUUAGGGCAACUAAGUCAUAGUCACUUUUCUCGCUUUAAAGUUUUGGCUUCUCUGCUACUUUUUUGGAGGGGUUUCUUCUACAACAAUGUUGAGCAGCGUCGCUCUGCGGGCUCAGAUCGCCUCCGUAAUCGAUGCCUUGUCCAAAGCAGCCGUGGAGGAAAUCGCCAAAGUUGUGGAGGAUGGCAUUGUGGUACUGCGGCUGGAAAUGUGUCAGGGUGAAAACGAGAUCAAGAAGCUAAAGAGCAACAUCGAGGUUCUGCACAAAGAGCUGAGAUCACUGCAGGAGAGAGUGACCCUGCGACCUGACAGUCAUGGGAGAGAGGGUAGUCAGAGUGAUGUUUGUGAUGAACGGGCCUUGCUUGAAAAGGUGCCCUCUGAUGAGGACCAAAACAACAUUUCCAUAUCCGAGGUGCAGGUGAAAUGUGAGCCUGAAGAAGAAGGAAGUGAGGAUGCCGGAGGACAACCUGACCAGCUGGGAGAAGAACCUGCCUCGUAUGAAAGGGACAGUGCACAGUGGAGACCAACCACUCAGACAGGACACAACAAUGCACAUUAUUUAGAUUUAGGGCAGAACUCCUUGGCGUGUCUGCCUGAAUCUCCGUUAGACACCGAGCUGUCUGCGCCCUGCAGCAGCUCCGGUGUGUUCCAACACAGCCCGUACAGCCGCGGGAUGCUGGGUUACGGCCAGUAUCGUAACUCAUACAACACCGUGCGGAAGAGAACGUCAAAGAGGUUGAUGUUUAAGAAAGGCUUCAUCUGUCCGUAUUGUGGUAAAUAUUUUGAGCGUUCUGGGCACAUGGAAAGGCACAAAAGGAUUCACACUGGUGAGAAACCGUAUCGCUGCGAGACAUGUGGGAGACAGUUUAAUCAGAAAUGCAGCCUGAAGGAGCACACAAAGAUUCACAGGAGAGGUACUCAGCCCAGCCCUCUUGAGGUAAAAGUGGAUGAAAAGAGUCAGAUUGCCAAGUUGAAUCCGUGUCCUGACAGUCUUCCCCCUAAGGACGAGAGCCAGGUGAAUGCUGAAGAUGGCCUACCUAAGAAUGAGGACAUUCUCACAACAACCAUACACAUCAAAUCUGAGCCUGCAGAGGAGAAUAUAGUACAAUCAGUGUUUCAUGAAGGAAAUGAGCAGACAAGGGAAGAAGAGAACAACUUUACAACAUUUGAGAGAGGCAGCCAGCAGUGGAUGUCCAGAUUACAGGGACAAAACAACACAGAGAUCAGCAGUACAGAGUAUCUCAGCAGCUCGGCGCCGGGUAUGACAUCCUUCCAGGGGAUAACUCAGUUACUGCCGCCACCCGUCGAAGCCUCGUGUAGCACAUUCUCCUUUCCAGGGAAGCCAUAUGGGGAACUCAAAAACAGCAUGGUGUCACAAACACCUUAUGGAUCCUCAGACACACUCAUGAUAUCAAGUGAAGCAGGCUUGCAAGGUAUGGCGGGAGCCACGUUGGAUCACCACAGACAUAGAGGAAGCAGGUCUUUUCAGGUGAUUAAACCGAAGAAAUGCUUCGCUUGCUCGUACUGUGGCAAAGUCUUCGAGCGUGCCGGCCACCUGGAGAGACAUUUGCGAAUUCACACUGGGGAGAAGCCUUACGGUUGCCAUAUCUGCGGGAGGUGCUUCAAUCAGAAGAGUAGCCUCAAGGGCCACAUGAAGACGCACAGAAAUGGUGAGAACAAGGAAGUGCUGGAGGCACAUCACUUGAUGUCUACAAUGCCUGACAAUCAACCGCUGAAGAAAGUGGCAGAACCCAAGACCAGGCUGACAGUUUUAGAGGAACAGUUACCCGGCACCACGUACAGAGAGGCAGCUGGUGAGCAAACAGUGAUGGUGAAACUGAAGCCAAAUGGGAAAGAUUUGACGAGUCUAAGUCAGGCAGGGACUGAUAAUGGGACGGGAGGACCAGACCAAAGUCAGGUGUGGACAUCUGGGAUAGAGAAGAGUAGUGAUACUGAACAAACCGUCUGUGUAGUUUUACAUGAUGACGAGUACACACUGAGUCCUGUUGCUGGAGCAUCCAAUGAGCAGCAUGAAUAUACAUCACCAAUAAGGAUUCUGCCUUUUCUAGAUGACAAAGAAAAGGAAGAAAUGAUGCAAAACAAUCAGUAUUCAAUAAUGGGAAUGCAAUCAAGAAGCUCUGAUAUGACUCUGGCUCCUGAGCUGCAGGAUCAACAUACUGCAGCAGAGGUGGCUGUAAAUGAGUACACAACAGUGAGUGACACGUCUCACGAGGGAGUUGUGUUUGAAUUUAAUAUGACUGCCUCGGGCAACCAUGCAGAUGACUGUGGUGGGGACACAGCCAGGGAAAAUUGCUUUAUAUGCUCAACUUGCGGGCAGAGCUUUGAUAGUUUUAGUCAAUUUCAGACGCACCAGUGUAGUGAUAUCACAGAGCAAUCCUUUAGCUGUAAGAUAUGUGGUAAGAUUUUUAAUCAGAUGAGCAUCUUGAAAUUGCACCUUAAACUGCAUGGAGAAUAAAAUCAUUCACGAUUUACUCGUCACGGAAUAAUACACAAUUCUCCACUAAGCUUUGUCACAUUCAUUCAUAACAAAUGGCAACAAGUGAAUUUUCUCACGGUCGACAAAUCAAUAUGAGAUAAUACAUAAUUGAAUACUUGACAUGUCCCAAAACGUCCAAAGGUUAAAGCAGAGGAACAAGAAGCAUUCAGUUUUUCGUUUUCAGUACUGGUCAAGUACAGUCUUUCUUGCUGUAAGGACAAAAAGGUUUCUUUGACAUUUCAACUAUUACAUUUUGAUCUACUCUGUCUUUUCACUCCCAGAAGACUUUUUUUUUUUAAAGAUGAUUAAGGACUGUCGGCUUUGACACUGUUGCUCCUUGCUCGCUUGAAGCAGGCCAGAUCUGGGCUCUGGAGUGGCUUUAAUAAUGACUGAAACUACACAGAGAAACCAAACAAAGUUGAAUAUUUGAAGUGGCAAUUGAAGCUGUCACAUUUUCUUCUGCCAAGACUGAACACUAGUUUUACUUUACUGGAACUACUUCAAUAAUACCUACAUUUGUUUUCAGAAUGGCAAGGGCCAAAUACCAUCAAGUUAAUGUUGAUCCCAUCGCCUACUGAAGUAAUGUGUUUUUGCUGUUCUCACAGUGCAAGUAAAUGUAAACCAGCCCAUUAGGGGUAGUAUUAAAGUAUGGUAUGUUAUCACUAUUGACCGCAAACUUCAACCUCGUACCAAAUCACACGGUUCUUUGCUCUUUUUAUGACAUUUAUUUUGAAAUGUGUCCUUUGAAUAACAAGUACUGAGAAAUAAUUUUGUACUGUAACUCAAUUUUCUGAUUGGAAACAGAUCAACAUAUUUUUUGUUCUUUAGUGUGAGGAAGGGCUGAUGAUAUAUGAAAAUAUCUCAAUAUACUUUUUGGUUAAAGAGUAUUAAGUAGAAUCUGGCUGAAUUGGAACAAAGUUAGUUACUUUUCCAGUGGUGCCCCUAGGAGUUUUUUAUUGGGGUGGCUAUGGGGCCACUGAAAAUCUUGGGGUGGCACCCAAAAAAUACAAACCGUAACUGAAUUUCAGGAAUUCUAUCUUGCUGUUGAAGUGAGCUAGAUGAAAUCUAUUUCAGUAUUGGAAGUAAUUGCAUACUGAUGAAUUUUGGUUUCUUAUUUUACAGUUUAUGUUCUUGGUUAUCUGAUGUGCAUAGACUAUUGCCUGUAGAGUUAACAUUUCGAUUUCCACAACAAUCCUGUUUUAAUGUGUUAUAUAUCUGUGCGUGUUAUUGUUAUUAUUAGGUAUUUCAUUGUUCUUAAAAUAGUUUAGUUGUCCUUUCCUUAAAGAGACAAAUAAACAGCUUUAAUAUAAAGGAUUACAUGGACUUUGAGGACCAAAACAUUUACUGGGAACAAGUUUUUUUUUUCAAGUUUAGGGUAGACUUGUGGGUACCCAUAGAACCCAUUUUCAUUCAGAAAUCUGGAGAGGUAAAGGGACCCCUUUGAAAAUUGCCAUGUGAGUUGUUUCCUCACCAAAAUUUUUGGAGUGUUAAUUAACUUCAUAACAGACAAGCUGUGCCAACAUGGGAUGCCUUUGGUUGUCUUGUUCCACCACAUGCUGAUACCUUUGCGCUAGCUUAAAAAACAUGCGUGCCACAGCCUCUUCUAGGUGGUAAUUUUGGCCUCUAAUAAUUUUUUGCCAGGUGGGGCCAGUAGAGGGGGUGGCAAUUGUAUCAGUGGGCCGUGGCCCCCCUUGGCCCCGCUCUGGGGGCACCAGCGCAGUUUCCUUGUUUUGUCAGAUUUAUUGCUGUGCCAUUGUUAAGAAAAAAUGUGAAAUCAGUCACUUUUACCAGACUUUUAUAAGACAGUCUACCAUUGCUAACUGUAUUGUAUUAAGAUACACUUUUGAGAUGUGGAUCCACAUCAGUAAAAACACAGAAUAAUGCCCAGUUUUUCUUUUGAGAAGGAUACGAGGAUGCUGCUCAUUUUUUUUCUUUUCUUUUUCCUUUUAAGUUGAAGUCAUAUUCAUAGAGAUGUUGAUAAUACAUGUUAAUGGUACUGUUGGACAGUAGUGUCUUGUAUGCUGGCCUCCGUCUUUGUAUAUGAAGUAGUUUAUCCAGCUAGCCAAACAAUCAAAACAAAGUAUGCUCAGAAAGACUCUCAGACCGAGGAGGUUUCGUGUCUUAAAGUUUACUGAGAGACAUGACUUGACUGUGAAACUGAAACACAAACCAAUACAAAAAUAUCCAUGAAUAAAGGCUCUGAUAACCUUCAUUGUCCUAUAACCAAAAUUGUCUUUACAGAAACCAAGGUAAGUAAAUGUAAACAGGCUACAUGGGCUACAGAACUAAACUUUACCAAAUGAACAAUAUUUUUGUUUCACAAUAGCAACAGACAAAUUAAGAAUUAUUAUGACCUAAAACACACAGAUGUGGUCUCCAGUAGCUUCCACAUGCAGAUAAUACAGAGCAAAGAAGAUGAGAGUAGCCUGUAGUACUCGCCAUGUGAUCCUUACCAAAUCCAAAGUUAAACUUAACCCUUCACUAAAACUGCCUUUUCACACUGUGUCACUAGGUGGCAGUAUUAAAUUAGCAAACAUGCAACAGAUACAUUUACUCAUCAGAAUAUGGCAUACAGAAGCCAUGACAUCUUGUAAGUUGAGCCAAACAAACCCUGUCCUUAUAGGAAGCGUACCGUUUACGUCAAGUUAGUUUUUCCAUUAAAGCUAAUGUAAAUAUGUCUUGAUAAUGUUAGCUUGAUAUUCUGUUUGUUUAAUCUUUCAAAAGGCAAAUUGAAAGCAAAUGCUGUCAGACCAGGAUUUCAAACAUACCAGAUCUCCCACUAAUGACAACAUGGUAAUGGUUCAAUGGAGAAAGAAAAGUGACGACAAGUUAAUGCUUAAUGAUAAUGCAGGAAACUUUUGCAGUAUGUAACUAAAAAUGAAAUACCUCAGUGAUACACAGGGUCUCCUUAGUCACCAUGUGUAAAAGACUUCUUCCAUUAUGUUUUCCCUUUGACUGAUAUUUAUUUGGGGGAAGUUUAUUUUUUAUUUUAUUUUUUUCACUAACUAUGUCCUGGGUCAGAGUGAAUGGUGCGGUUUGCAUUUGUUUGGAGCAGGUGGCUGGACCUGAAGAGGUUAUUAAAAUAGUUUAAUAAAACAAGCACUCCAGCUGAGCCUAGAGAAAUGGCAGGUAUCUAGGGCCAGCUGGGUUACUCAAAACCCUUUUCGGUUUAGUGUGAUGAGUACCUCCAUUUUUCACAUUGAAAUGAAAACCAUGGCCCUGCCACUGCAGCAUUAUUUUUGUCUUUUCUUAAUUGUAAGUAUUUACUGAUCAAUUAUAGUCAUUUUUUACAUCCGACACCCAACUGUAGCAUGAAAAACAGAU